AUGGCUCUACAGCAACUAGUGAUAUAUUGUGAUUCUUUUCAGAUAGCGUUAUCAAUAUUUUUUCAAGAAGCAACAGUUCCCACACAUGCACCACCUACUCCAUUCGGACAGCAAGUCAUGACUCCAUGUAAUACACCAGCGACACCACCAAACUUUCCAGAUACUCUAAUGGCUUUUUCUCGAAUGUCUGCAAACACACCGGUUUCUGAUUCAAUACCCAUGUGCAGUACACACGGUCAUUGUGGGCCACAAGCUAGACAAGAAACACCCCCAGCAACACAAUGUUCUCCUACAAACACACCAGCUUCUAGAUAAAUUUAUUUGAUUCAGAAAGUUAUGUGGAUCAGAGUUUUUGUUUGUAUAUUUAGUUCAAGCUGCAGAGGUGUCAAACGGAUCAAAAAUUCAUCUCAUUGGUAUCAGGACAAGUGCUGCUUUACACUAGUUCUUCAGAGUGGUUUCUUCCAAUUAAUAGAAAUACAUAAUUCAUUAUGGUAAUUUAUAAUAUAGCAUGUAAC